CAGAAAACCCAAACAAAAUAAGAACGAUUAGUCAGACAGCAGCGAAAAAGUUAAUUAAACAAAGAUAAAAACAAAUUUUCGCCGAAUUUCCACAAAAAAUUCCAAAAAAUCCACAAUGUCUGCAUUUAUGGAGCGACUCAGCACGUGUUUCUACUUGGAUGAAAACGUAAUUUCGCGUCGGAAUGCCGUGGUGACCGUCAUUUCUUCAUUUUUGUUCACUGUUGGCUGGUGGCUCGUCAUUGACUCCUCAUCCACAGACAACAUGUUGACCUUCAGCCACUACGUUUGCGGCAUCAUCGGGACAAUUUCCUUCAUUAUGGUGAACGCUGUGUCGAAUGAUGUCUUAAAUGGCGGUGCUGCAUACGAAGGCGGUUGUUUGGGUGAAAAUGGAGCAAAAAUUUGGUUGUUCCUCGGCUUUGUGCUCGGAUUUUCUGCCGUAAUUGCCAGUGUUUGGGUCAUGAUUGUCGAUUUGAAGGAUCACGUCACGACGGGCGGCAUCCAAUUCUUGCUGCAAAACAUCUUUAUUCUCGCGGCAUCGCUUCUCUACAAGUUCGGAAAGCGGGACAACAGUGCAUUCAAUAUGUGACAACAACUGUGGUAAAAACGCCAGAAGACUCGAUUCUACUCCGUAAAAAUUGGCAUUAUUGAAUUAAAGUACGUCAAAAUUCGUAGAUUUCUGAUCCAACUCAUUUAGAAGCUGCUUUUUAUGUAAGCAAAAAGUAAAUAUUAAUGAUAUCUCGUGAAAAAUAAAACUUAUUUAUAAU